AUGGAGGGGCGCGCGGGGGCGUGUGAUGGAGAAUCCGUGCGUCUGCAGCAGCAAGUGCACGAGUCCCCCGAACCGGUUCAGACCAGACCAGACCAGACCGCGCGAGGCGCCUGUCUGGAGCGUCUGUGUGGAGCCGGGGAUAGAACCACAGCGCGGGGUUCACAGACGGAGGAUAGUCGAGGUGACAAGGCGGGGAGAGAGGAGGAGAAGGAGGAGGAGGUGGGAGACAAAGUGGGACUAAAUGAAGACUUUGUGAACAUGUGCAGAGGAAGGGCUCGUCCUUUCGCUGCAGAGACUUCCACAGAUGCUUUGGCCCAGAGAGCGAUGGAAACCAACGCUACAAACCCCAGCCAAUCCCACAGCACAACUCCCAGCGCGUGA